AUGGAAAUAAUUAAAUCUAACAAACAAAAUGACAAAAUUUGUCUUGAUGGUCAUAUGUACACAUUAUACUACGAAACUAGUGAAACAAUUAAAUGGCGAUGUUCCAAAAAGUCUUCAGUAAGGUGUCCAGCAGUUUUAAGUACGGAUAAACAAAUAACAGAAUAUGAAAAAAUUCAUCGUCAUAAUCAUUUACCAAAUCGCAAGGAAGUUAUGGUAACCAAAGCGUUGAUGAAUAUGAAAGAAAAAUCAUCCACAACAACUACAAAUCUUGUUGAAAUAUUUGCCAAUGGUGUAUCAAAAUUAGAUAAAUCAGCAAAAGCUCAAAUGCCAUCUGAGGAUACAGUCAAGAGAACUUUACGUAACCAUCGGUCAAAAGGAAAUCCAAUCGAUCCAAAAAGCUUAGAAGACUGUAUAAUACCACACACCUGGACGAUAAAUUCUGAUGGACAUCGUUUUUUAUUGAAUGACAAUGGAAUCGUUGACGAAAAUGGCAAAUGUAAAGCUGACGAAAGAAUUGUCAUAUUUGCAACCGAUGAAGGUUUAUUAAUAUUGCUAAGUCUUCAACUUGGAUGA